CUGGUGUAAAUUAGUAUAUACCGCAAUUGCAACUUUCCGUCACGCUGCAGCCCUGGUUGUUAUUCUAAAGGCAAUAGUUGCCGUUGAUUUUUGCUGUAAAUUUAUUAUUUCAUUUUAGCACUAUUUCAAUAAACAACAUGGCCAAGAUAAUUAAAGCAUCCACAGGAUUAACUGGUCUGGCGGUGGCCACCAAUCCACACCACACACUAAGCGCGCUGUAUGGCAAGAUUUUGCGUGCCGUUGCCAAAAUGCCACAAGAUGCCAGCUACCGUAAAAACACCGAGCAGCUGGUCAAGCAGCGUGCUGAUGCUGUGGCCAAGAAUAAGGACAUUGGCGCCUUGGAGAAGGCUGUGGGCUGCGGCCAAGUGGAGGAACUGAUUGUCCAGGCUGAGAACGAAUUGAUACUGGCGCGCAAAAUGCUCGGCUGGAAGCCAUGGGAGAAACUGGUGCAGCCUGUGCCAGCCAAGCAAUGGGAUUGGCCACCAGCACAAAUCAUGGAGCCCCGAGUCUAAGCAUGCAAUUAUAGUUACGUCCCCUUAGAAGACCUUGUUGAUAGCAGAAUGUAAAAAGUAGCCUGCAAUAAAAAGCAAAGGCCGAAUUCAA